AUGAGAUUCCGUAUUUUUCAAAGAAAGCUUUCGUUGGAAGAAAAUAAAUCGACGUUACAAUCAGAGCCUAUUACUAAUUAUUUACACUUCCUAGAGAUACCACUGAAAAUCGUAGGCUGUUGGGACUGGUACAUGAAACCCGAGACCGAAUACCAGAUAAUCCUAAACAACAUCUACUACGGCAUGGUGCUUUUCUUUCUUAUAAAUGUCCCGGCUACCUUGUGCGUACACCUUUCCACCGAAUGGAAAGACGUAAUGACUACUUUAGACGAAAUAGCGGAUUGUUUGCCGUAUUUUGUAUCCAUCGUGAUAGUAAUCUACUUCGGGGUUUACCGCCAGGAAAUGUACGACUUGAUACAGUCCAUGGGAGAGCAGUUCAAGUAUCGCUCGGCGAAUGGUCUCACCAAUAUGACUAUGCUGAACAGUUACAUUACGGCGAAAAAAUUCGCUUUAUUCUAUACGAUUUGUACUUUGUUCAGUGUCAGCAUGUAUGUGGUGCCAGAGCUUAUUAGCUGGUGGACCAACAAGCCUCUACAGAGCUUCAUGUAUAUGGACAUCACGAAGUCUCCUUUCUUCGAGAUCACAUUUUUAACCUUAUAUCUGUCCCAAGCUUUCGUGGGGCUGGCCAUGGGACAAUUUGGAGUAUUCUUCGCUGCAAAUUCGAUCCUGCUGUGCGGUCAGCUGGACCUCUUGUGCUGCAGCCUCCGGAAUACGAGAUACACGGCGCUGCUUCAAAGUGGAGUGCACUACAGGUCUUUACGGCUGUCUCAUUCUGACAUCAAGAGCGAUGAAUUACACAAUUAUAUUUACAAUGUCGCGGAGAUGGAAGAGUCUUCCUACCACUACGACGACAAGAUGGUAAGUAGGUACAUAUUUACUCAGAAUUGUUCAGACAUCUACAGCAGCGAAUACGACGAGGCGACAGAGCGCGCGCUGCGGGACUGCGCUCGGAUGUGUCGCGUGGUCAACAGUUACCGGGAGCGGUUCGAGAGAUUCGUGUCCCCGCUACUGGCGAUGCGAGUCGUGCAGGUCACCAUGUACCUUUGCAUGCUGCUGUAUUCUGCUACCCUGAAAUUUGACAUGGUGACAGUGGAGUAUCUUGGAGCCGUCGCUUUGGACAUUUUCGUCUACUGCUUUUAUGGAAACCAAAUUAUUAUACAGGCGGAUCGCGUGACGACAGCGGCGUACCAGAGCGCAUGGGCGACGAUGGGCGUGCGCGGGCGCCGACUCCUGCUCAACGUGCUGCUCGCCAACAGGCGCGCGGUCGCCGUGCGGGCAGGUAACAUGUGGCAACAGCAUUAUGCUGAGACAGGGUUAUUACUAUUAUAGUUUUAUUUUAAGUUA